AUGAGUGAUCCGCAAGAGCAGCUAAAGAAACUUCAAGUUCAGAUCACCCAGUCCAAAAGAGAAACUAAACAAUUGUACUUCCAUUUGGAUCGAGUGCUCAAAUCAUGCCAGGAUUCCAACUUGACGACAGUUUAUCGGCAACAGGUCCCUAAUGGACCUCCAGUGAGAUUUGAUAACUUUGGACUGUACCAUGUUCUAAGGGGACACUUCAACAAGAUCUCUCAAAUACGAUGGGGUCCAGCUGACUCGUACUACCUACUGAGCUCCUCGCAAGACGGAUUCAUGAUAAUAUGGGACACUUUGACUGGCUACAAAGUCAAGGCAAUCCCGUUGGAUGUUCAAUGGGUGCUCAGUUGCGCCUACAGUCCAGAUGGUCAAUUACUUGCAUCCGGAGGUCUAUCCAACAGAGCUACUAUCUACAACUUUGAGUCAGGUACGUCAAAGGCCGUGCUUAAGGGCCACACAUGCUACAUUAGCGACAUGGGAUUUCUAGGACCGGACAAAUUGAUUACUGCAUCGGGUGAUAUGAACUGCAUUCUUUGGGAUGUCAAUCGUGCAAUACAAGUCAAUACAUAUGUUGACCAUUUGGGUGAUGUUUUAAGCUUAGCUGUUGAUCAAAAGAACGGUCGCUUCGUCAGUGGUGCCUCUGAUGGCUAUGCCAAAGUGUGGGAUUGCCGAUCAGCCUGCCCGGUUUACCAAUAUGUAGUGGGUCACAACGAAGUCACCGUCGUUGAACAACUCACGGAUCACCUAUUUGCUGCAGGCACGGAUGAUGGCACAAUCAAACUAUUUGACAUGCGGUCAGAUGGGGAAAUCAAUCGAUACAACCCCCCAUUUUUGGCAUCCACUGUACCCCCUGCCCUCCACCAGAAUCAUCAGGGGGCAGCUGACGAUUCGAGUGUGACCAGCAUAGCCUUCAGUAGCAGUGGCCGACUUAUGUUUGCAACGUAUGCUGACAAAGGUUGUGUGGUAUGGGAUCUUCUGGCAAACCAGCUAUUAGGAGAGUUGAGUGGACAUAGUAACCAGGUUAACCAAGUCAGGGUCAAUGGGCAGGGAAAUGGUGUUGCCACCAGCUCAUGGGACUCAACUAUCAAGAUAUGGGGUGCCACGUAG